AUGCAGAAACGAAGUAAAAUAUCCAAAAGCACGACUAUUGGUUUGGCAGUCGGAAUAUCAUUAGGUGUAACGUUUGUGGUCUGUUUAUCUAUUAUUAUAUUGUAUAUUUACAGGCGACAUAGAGAACAAUCCAAAGGGGGGAAUAAUGCAAAGAGCAGUGAUAGUGAAAAUCAUUUGUUGGACGAGAAGAUCCACAUUCGUAAAUCAAUUCAUUUACCAGAUUCCAACGAUCAUAUGAACACCAUUAAAAAGAUCGAAUACAACUACCAGGAGAACAUAACAAUGCUUACAAAUGAUUCCUCCGUCAAUGACACUACUUUAUCGAAUUCAAGCAAGCAUUCACUUACAAAUUAUAAGGACGAUUCAAAUGCUAAAAAGGGCAAUUUAUCUGCGGGAUUGAUACCUACACCCAUUAUAGAGAAAUUUGAUUUUGAGAAGAAUAGUACAACGAGUCUAGUGUCUCCUGGGUUUCAAGAAAAAGAUUUAGAAGAUGACGAUGACGAAAAUGUUGAAAGAUUAGCAAGCAUUUACAAUUGCUACCUUAAUAGUCGUGGAUCAUCUUUCCAAUCAACCAUCAGCCACAGCACCACUGUUGGCAGUGAAGGUCUUGGAGAUACUAAUAAUACAUCAUUAUCUGUAUCAACAUCUAGCGAUGAAGGACAAAACACACAUUCUAUAGCAAGUCCAUUUGACACCACUAUAAUGUCAACUGACUCGGUCUCCAUACAGGUCGCCACCUCUGUCUUGCCUACUCUCAAGACCAAAGACACGUCAUCCACAGAGUAUUGGUCUGCAUCUUCCGAACUUCCCUCCACUGAUGUAUCACCCACGGUUAGUACUGCACUAGUACCCUUCGAGAAGGCCUACCAACCAAGCAAGUCAUUAGUUACCCAAUAUAACCAUCCUCAACUCAAGAUGCACCCACAAACAUUAGAAGAUAUUAAUGCUCUACCGACACCGACUCAAUUGGCAUACUCUGCAUCACAUUCCUUAACCUCUUUCAAGAAACAACCUUUCAAGAAUUACAAGAUGGCGAUGCAAUCCGCCCUACAGAACGGUACACUACCCAAUCCGAUGGAUAAUCCCGACAUGUUCUACAUAAAUACGCACGAGGGACCCUUAAUGAAGAAAGUGUGGAUCCCACAACCGCAUCAUUUACGAAAAAGUAUUGUCAUGACUGACCCGAACGUGCUUUCCAAGGAUAGAACCUUUAAGCCAGCAGGGUCAGUUCGAAUAAUCCAAGAACAUGCUAAUACUCAAUUAGCCGAGAGUGCUUCUGAUAAUCCUAUGAGGGUUUCUGAAUUAUUAGAUAGUGCGGACAUGGCACAUACCGGAAGUGUUGGAGGGAUCCUACCUGUGAGCAAUUCGAACGAUGGCUUGCGGAGGGAGCUGGGUACUUCUCAUAAUUAUAACAUUUUUAUAUAG